UCCAGACAUGGUGCGCGCUGUAAUGGUCACAAGGGCCAAUUGUCUCGCUAAGGCUUACUCAGGAGUACGACCAGACGUGGUACAGUUACUGGUAGCCAUGAUUAAUAACGAUAUCGUUCCUAUCGUUCCUCUGCGUGGUUCUGUCAGCGCCAGUGGUGACUUGAUGCCUUUGGGUUAUAUAGCAGCAGCCAUGAUCGGAAGAGAAGAUAUCAACGUAAUGGUCAGAGGUCAAAUCAUGCCAUGUCCUGUUGCCCUUAAAGAAGCCAAUCUAGAACCAUUGGUGAUGGGACCAAAAGAAGGACUCGCCAUUAUCAAUGCCACCUCCUUCGCUGCUGGUACCGCCGCUCAAACCAUUUAUGAAGCCAACAUUGCUGUCCUUCUAACACAGAUUUGCACAGGGCUGGCCGUAGAAGCACUACAAGGUAAAAUGGAAAGUUUCCAUCCAGUCCACCAUGCUUGCCUUCAGCACGUCGGUUUGAAAGAAGUUUCCAACAACAUGUUAAAAAUAUUGGACGGAAGUCGACUCGCCGUUUCGACGUUAGAGAUGCAUCUACCUGAUACGUACGGGUCUUUGAAACAAGACCGCUACAGCAUAAGGACGGCCCCACAAUGGCUAGGCCCGGUGAUCGAGACUCUCAAAGAGGCCUGUCGACGAAUAAACGUGGAACUGAAUUGUGCCAAUGACAACCCGGUCAUCGACCACCGCACCGACACCAUUGCUCAUGGAGGCAAUUUUCAAGGAGAAACGCUUUCAAUAACAUUAGAUCAAACUCGCCAAGCACUGCAGGUCUGUGGGAAGCUUCUAUUGGCACAAUUGCAAGAAAUCGUCAACCAUCGCAUUAACCACGACCUUCCGCCAAAUCUCUGCGGAUCAGACGUCAAUCUCGAUUUUGGUUUCAAAGGAGCUGAUACUGCCAUGGCAUCGUACAUGUCAGAGUUAGAUCACCUGGCCAAUCCAAUGUCCAACCACGUGCUCUCUGCUGAAUGCCAGAAUCAAUCUGUCAACUCCAUGGCUCUCGUCAGUUCUCGUCUUACUCGAGAAGCGCUGGAGAUAUUACAGAUGAUGCUAGCGAAUCAUUUGUGUUUACUGUGUCAGGCCUUGGACCUGAGAUAUCUGCGUAAUGAGGUAAUAAGUUCAAUGCGCAAAAUGGGGAAACGCCAAAAGGAAUUCCUUGCCACGUUCCUUAAAGAAAACAAAUGGUAUGAUUUCCUGUUCCACCCAGAGGAAUCUGCAGCUAAGUUUGCGGAGAAAAUUCCUAAAAAUGGUCACAAAGAAGAAGACAUCCGAAAUGAGAUAUGUGUCGCUAUGAAAUCACUGAUGUCUGAUGCGUGUAAUGGUCAUUUAGGGACUGUUGAUUGUCUAGGAACAGGAACGAAGAAGGCGUACUGGUACAUACGUCACACGGUGGGAGUGCCAUUUUACCACGGCCAGGCAGCAAUUGACACGUGGCUGGAGAAGAUUUUAUCAGCUGUUCAAAAUGGAGACUUUGAAAACGUUUUAUUAUCUGCCUUUGAAGAGCCUUGAAAAGAACAUUUAUCUCUUUUUUGUUUGUAUCACUGAUUACUAAUGCUACAGAAUAAGCAUGCAUGAUAUCAAUCUGCGACGUUAGCCACUGGUUCUAGAUGUACCCCCACGGGCAGUAAAAUUUUGUUUAGGCCAGUAGAAUUUUCAGAAUGUGUACGUGAAUGUGAGAAUUAAGUUUUCAAAACAUCGAUUUAAUUUCUUCUGAAAUGUAAUUUUUACAUGAUGAUUCUUAAUUCUUUAAAAAAAUCAGUUGACAAAAUUGAGGUCUUGUCAUGAAUACUUCUUUUGAAAGACGUGUGCUUGAUAAGAAGCUUGUAGAUAUGUUUCAUAUACUUAUGUUUUACGUAUUUUAAUGUUACUUUAUACGGAUGAAACACUUAGAAAUGUUGAUUGCUAUAUAUCCUAAGAAUUAAUUAAUGAUUGAUGUAAUAUAUACCUUUGUAAUGAAAAGGUUCUUUUUCAAGAUAAAAAGAAAAGGUACAUUUUGGACAGCAAAUUUCAUGUAAUGCGCCUUCUCUUCAAUGAAUCACUUGAUAUAAGGAAAAAAAGGACUCAAACGUAUUUGUAUUACCAUGUUUGAAAGGCAGAUAAUGUAAUCUUGUUAAAAAGAGAAGAAUAGGCUAUUUAUGACUUUGGGAU